AUGCAGGCGAGUGCGAAGCUCGUGAAGCGCCAGGCCCAUCUUGACCUUCGGAAGGGCAUCCAUAAGCAGAGCCGUGCAUCUGGGAGAUUGGAGAUCUUGGGCGCUUCCUGGGCCGCAGAGAUACGCAGCGCCAUGAUGGGCCCGAUCAGCUCGCGGCGCAGCCUGUCUAGGCAGGCUGUAGUAAAGAUGGGCGUGGACGAGAUUGACAUCUCGCAUGCCGCGCAGGGCCACGACCCGCGGGCUGCCCGGGACCUGGAGCAGGACUACGAGGAGGAGGGCGAGCUCGAGGACGAGGCGCAGUACGAGGACGAGGAGCCGGUGCUGCCGUCGGAGGUGGGCGAAGAGGACGCGGAAGACCUGGAGGGCGAGGACGAGGAGGACACCCUGCUGAGCGCCCCGGGGGCGAGGCAGCACGAGACCACCGACUGGGGCUGGCUCAUCCUGCUAGUGGCCCAGAUCGCGUGCGGCGCUUUCGUGUUCGUGAGGAUGGGGCUGGUCAGCUUUGGCGCCGUGUGCACCCAGCAGUCCCAUGGCAGGUACACGCACCUGAGCGAAUUGGACGCGCACCUUCGCAGGUUCUUCCCGACCCCGACCGACAGCAGGGGCGACCAGUGCUCCCAUCCAGACAGGAAGCUGCUGUUCUUUUGCAUGCUACCGGGUGAGCUCGACACGUAUGGGGUGGCCACCGGACACCUGAACCUCAACUACAGGGUAUGCAGGAGCGACUGCCCAACCAGCUCGACAACGCUUCACCCCUGCUAUGACCCCGAUCUGCAGUUCGAGCAGAACGUGCCAGACUACGCGACGUUCCCAAGUGGCAGGUACGGGCAGGCAAAGGACCCAGGCCUGCGUGCCGAGGCCCGGCGCAUGAUCGGGGCCACCAGCUGGAGCGGCGAGGCGAUCCGCGUGAUCCUGGCCCUGAUCAAGGACUGGCGGGUCAUGGUCAUCACGUCGGUGUAUGUCAUUGUGUUGGGGUAUGUGUUCCUGUUUUUCCUCGAGCACAAGGAGUGCGCAAAGUUCAUAGUGCAUGUGUUCAUCGCCAUCGAGGUCCUGAUCCCCCUCUACUUUGCGUACCAGCUCGGGAAGGAGCUGAUGCUGGGUACAGAAAGGCAUGAUGCCAAAUACACCUCUGGAGAUUAUCAAAGCGAUUACAUAGCGCUUAGUGUCCAUAUUUCCCUUUCUUGUAUCUUUAUGAUCGCAGGGACGAUCCUAUGCGGAGCGCUGGACACGUCAAUUUCUUGCAUCGAGGCGGCUGCAGAAUGCAUCUUCGAAGCACCGAGCCUACUCAUCGAGCCGAUUGUGGGAGUGCUCGGCAAGAUGAUCGUGUUAGCGUGGUCGUCCACUCUGUUCAUCAUGCUCAUGUCCAAUUCGGUCAGAGAAGUCGAUGGCUUCAUUGACCAGUUUGUUUUCACAACGGAGCAGAUCAUUGUUACCGUUUUCUGGGUGUUCCUAUCGGUGUCUUUGCUUUGGACACUUCACCACGUAUCGAUGUAUGUGUUGUCGUAUUCGGCGCAGAUGUGGUACUACAGGAAAAAGGCGAUAGACUCUGGCGAUGAUGCCCCAGUGCGCAGAGGAGCUCUUCUGAGUGCUUAUUACAGUGCUGUGCGCUAUCAUCUGGGUAGCAUCUCGUUGGGGUCAAUAUUGAGUAUGGCGUUUGGUGUCCUUCGAGGGUGUAUGCGUGUUGUCGAGGAAGGCCGCGAUGAUAUUCCGUGCAUAAGGUGCGUGCGAGCUCUCUGCGGGCCGUGCCUGAGUAUCAGAUGUUAUGACCGUUUCUUGAAGUAUACCGGCACGGAGGCGUACAUGGAUAUGGCCAUCCAUUCGUACGGGUUUUGUGAUUCAGCGCGUAGAGUCCACGACCUUUUCGCCACGAAGCAGAUGGCAGGAGCUAGGGCCGCCAGGAACGACAUGACAGGAGCUCUUCAGAUGUUCAACUUUGUCGCGCUCGGUGGCUUCGUUUCUUCUACGAUGAUUGUCUCUUAUUGGUUGUGUACGAGUGGAUAUUCAUUCCUUCAGGUCAGCGAUUGGAAGCCCAUGGUUUGUUUCUCGGGCAUCGUCAGCCUUAUCGUCGGGACCAACUUCCUCGUGAUCCUCGACUGCGUCGGGGGCAUGCUGUUUUUCACCCUGGCCACCGAGCAGCUCCGCUGGUGCAGGGAGAACGCCGAGGCCCUGGACCGGGUCGAGCGCGUGAAGGAGAAGUUGAGGCUAGAGGACGUCAUGUUCGUCGAUUUCUUGGCGACAACAGCGACAUAAUGCACGAAUGUCGUAGUAGGACCCGGCCAGGUUCUCCACGAAUUCGCGGCAGUCGAAGCCACUGGGUUUCGUGCCAACCUUUGCCCUAGCCUUUGCCGCCCCUCUGGUCGCAGGCUCUGUUCCAUCCUUCUACGGGCAGCGCGCCGCAGGUGCCCUUGAGACGCUUGCUGGUCUCUGGCCAGGUCUCGUCUCGGCGCUCGCUUGGGACCCCCAGUGGGCUCCAAUGGACAUCGCGCCUGGGUAUCUUGCACAGGCGGUCGCGCGGGUCAUCCCAGUCCCUCCGCUGGGCAGUGUCGUGCCCCUGCCAGCGGACUUCCCAAGUGGGCCCGCUAUGCACUGGCUGUCCCUAUUCCAGGAGUUCCAUCGUGCACCGCCUGCGCUGCCGUCGGCCCGCCUUGACUGGGGUUUUGUAGCGUCGCGGAG